AUGAAGUCCAUCCUCUUCUCAGCCACGCUCCUCGCGGGCCUCUCGACCACUUCUGCGCUGCCGCAAACCUCAUCGGCCACCUGCAAACCCUACACCCUCCUCUUCGCCCGCGGCACCACCGAGAUGGGCACCCUAGGCUCCGUUGUGGGGCCCGGUCUCCAGAAGUCCGUGCAAUCGGCUCUAGGCGCCGACAAUGUUGUCGUCGAGGGCGUCUCCUACCCCGCCGACAUGGCCGGUAUCAUGGCCGAGUCCAGCGGCUCGGGCCCCGGCUCCGUCGCCAUGACCAACCAAGCCAACUCCUGGCUAUCCAAGUGUCCGCAAACCAAGUUGAUCCUCACGGGGUACAGCCAGGGCGGCAUGGUGGUGCACAACACGGCUACCAAGCUGGGCGCCAAAACCUCCUCCGUUGGCGCCGCGGUCACGUUCGGUGACCCGUACAAGACUUCCCUGCCCAAAGGGAUUCCGGCGGCCAAGUUCAAGACGUUCUGUGCUUCUGGUGACUCCGUCUGCGGCGCCGGCGGAACUUGUGCUGGCACUGGCGGCUGCCAGUCCGCGAGCACCUCAGGUCAUACGGGCUACGGGGCGGAUGUUAACACCGCUGCCUCGUUUAUUAAGUCCGCUGUUGCCUGA